AAAGCAACGUGAAAAGCUAAAGAAAACGUAUUUCAGCUGGUACUAUAUAUGUGAAGCAUAGGAGUCAAGCUUCUAACUUUAGAGCCUUCAGCUUUGCAGCAGCAGCCAUGGCCACUCACGCAGCUCUUGCUCCUUCGAGAGUUCCUGCCAGCACCAGGCUUCCUUCUUCCAAGAUCACCGCUCAUUCUUUCCCUUCGCAAUGCUCGACCAAGAGGCUGGAAGUUGCAGAGUUUUCAGGGCUUCGUGCCACUCCUGGCGUGAUGUACGCCAAGAACACUACUGAGGCAUCCUUCUUCGACUCUGUUGCUGCUCAGCUCGCUCCCAAGGCUGCAGCCAUUACUCCUGUAAGGGCGGAGACUGUUGCCAAAUUGAAGGUGGCGAUCAAUGGAUUUGGAAGAAUUGGUAGGAACUUCCUGCGGUGCUGGCAUGGCCGCAAGGACUCGCCUCUGGAUGUUAUUGUUGUCAAUGACAGUGGUGGUGUUAAGAAUGCUUCUCACUUGCUGAAGUAUGAUUCGAUGCUCGGAACUUUCAAAGCUGAGGUGAAGAUUGUCGAUGAUUCCACCAUCAGUGUUGAUGGAAAGCCCAUCAAAGUCGUCUCCAGCAGGGACCCCCUCAAGCUUCCAUGGGCUGAGAUGGGGAUCGACAUUGUCAUCGAGGGCACCGGAGUGUUUGUUGAUGGCCCUGGCGCAGGAAAGCACCUUCAAGCUGGUGCCAAGAAGGUGAUCAUCACAGCUCCUGCCAAAGGUGCCGACAUUCCAACCUAUGUGUUUGGUGUAAACGAGCAGGAUUACUCCCAUGAGGUUGCCGACAUUAUAAGCAAUGCUUCCUGCACCACGAACUGUCUGGCUCCAUUCGUCAAAGUCAUCGAUGAGGAAUUCGGCAUUGUCAAGGGAACAAUGACAACCACCCACUCCUACACUGGAGACCAGAGGCUGCUGGAUGCUUCCCACAGGGACCUGAGGAGAGCAAGGGCUGCAGCUCUCAACAUCGUCCCAACAAGCACCGGUGCAGCGAAAGCAGUGUCGCUAGUCCUCCCUCAGCUCAAAGGCAAGCUCAAUGGCAUCGCCCUCCGAGUCCCCACGCCCAAUGUCUCGGUGGUCGACCUCGUUGUGAACGUGGCGAAGAAAGGAAUCUCGGCUGAGGAUGUCAAUGCAGCCUUCAGGAAGGCCGCAGAGGGACCAUUGAAGGGCAUAUUGGAUGUCUGCGAUGUUCCCCUUGUCUCUGUGGACUUCAGGUGCACCGAUGUCUCGUCAACCAUUGACUCCUCAUUGACCAUGGUGAUGGGUGAUGAUAUGGUGAAGGUGGUCGCCUGGUAUGACAAUGAAUGGGGAUACAGCCAAAGGGUGGUUGAUUUGGCACACUUGGUAGCCAACCAAUGGCCAGGAGUUGCUGCUAAAGGAAGUGGAGAUCCAUUGGAGGACUUCUGCGAGACAAACCCUUCUGAGGAGGAAUGCAAAGUAUAUGAAGCUUAGUAGAUAGAUGAAUGAACAUCAGGAUUCCCUUUCUUAUUUUUCAUUUUUGGGUUUCUUCCUUCUCUCUUGUGGAGAGAGAUUGGUGCAAGAGGAUGCUGUUUCUGUAACGAGCAGAUCAAUGGUUUCAUGGUUGUGAAGAAAAUAAGGCUAUGUUGUUAACAGAAACUCUUCAAAAGUAAAGCUCAAAUUGCAUGAUUAUGUUUGCAUAAAGAACUGAGAGUAACGAAAACCUGAGGGGAAUGAGGAUUGACGGCGAAACUUCAGCUAGGGGAGGAACUCAGUGGCGGGAAGAUGAAGAUAAACCCGACGCCGCUGCUCCGAUCUUCAAGCUGGCGCGAACAGAGUACAGCGAGGUGAUCCAUUGAACAAGGUUAACUCCAGCGAGAACAGAGAAACCUGGAUGAUCCACCAGAACGAAACCCGAAACCCGUGCAAAAACGUUAAACGAACACCACAAAAGCGAAACGUUUCGGAUCCUCAAACUAAAAAGCAAAAUAUGUUGCGAUGUGAUGAGAUACGGUGACAAUCUCUAAAGAGUUGUGACUUGUGAGAUUUACUACCAAUUUUGUAGCCAUCGGAUACGUUAUCUCUCCUAUCUCUUUCUUCUUUUUUUAAAUCAAUAGUUAAGAUUAAACCAAGGACAAUUUCGGAAUGGAAAACUUACCACAUGAGAUCCUUUCCAUUUUACAUAUACACUCUUUAUUAACAAAAAAAAAAUUCAUACCCUCCUCCUGUCAAGAACCAGUUGAUCCCAAUAACUCGAGUUGUUGGGAGAGGUUCAAUCGUUGAUCAUAUACCACAACACUAACACGCCCCUCAAACGAAAACCACUCACAAGGGCUUGAAGUUUGCACAGGCCUGAAGUCUCUCCUAUCUAUUUCUUCUUUUUUUAAAUCAAUAGUUAAGAUUAAACCAAGGACAAUUUCGAAAUGGAAAACUUACCACAUGAGAUCCUUUCCAUUUUACAUAUAUAUACUCUUUAUUAACAAAAAAAAAAUUCAUACCCUCCCCCUGUCAAGAACCAGUUGAUCCCAAUAACUCGAGUUGUUGGGAGAGGUUCAAUCGUUGAUCAUAUACCACAAUACUAACACGCCCCCUCAAACGAAAACCACUCACAAGGGCUUGAAGUUUGUACAGGUCUGAAGACAAGAAUACCAUGUGCUUAACAAAUGGGGGUCACCGGGAAUCGAACACAAGACCUUUCGGUCACAGGAGGCUCUGAUACCAUGUCAAGAACCAGUUGAUCCCAAUAACUCGAGUUGUUGGGAGAGGUUCAAUCGUGGAUCAUAUACCACAACACUAACACCCCGAAUUCCUGAGUCUCCCUCCUCUUCCCCUCUCACCUAUCUCUAACAAAAAAAACCCUAGUCGUCAAGAGCUCCAUCACCGACCUCCAUCAUCGUCGACCUCAAUCACCACGCAGACCUCCAUCAUCGUUGUCGCGACCGCCUUCCUCCUCACGCCGACAUUGUCCCCGCUGCCCUCGUCGUCCCAGUCGCGCCUGUCGCCGUCUUUACACCAUUGUCGCCGCCUCUGCCUCCCCCUUCCCCCGCCUCUCACCACCUCCCGUCUUCACGGCGCCGCCACGAGGUCACCGCCUCUCCCCUGCCUUUCCCUUUCCUCAUCUCCUAAUAUAUUUUUUUUCAGAUC